AGGCAACGGAAUUAUAUGUAAUUCAUUCAUUAUAAUAACAAGUCACCAAGCUUUUCCGGUUCGCUUUUAUCAGCCUCUUCUUCUUCUCUCGUUCAGAUUUCCGCCUUGACUUUCUCUCGUUACUAUCCACUCCGACUCGUCAGUUUGAACCAGAAGAAAGCUCUGUUCGGCAAAGUCUCUCUUUCAGAAUUCAAUAUCUACGAAUCACUCUCGAAACGUAAAAAUAGGCCGUCGCCGAAGACUCAGGCAUAAAAAGGGCUGUUCGCCCCCUCGCCGCUCACCAAAAAUGGGGAAUGAAAGCUCUGUCCUUUUGGACGAAAGCACCCCACCAACAACCCUGAAAUCCCGCUCGCUCGAAGGGAUCGCUGAGUAUAUUAAAGAAAAGAACAUUCGACGGAUUGUGGUCCUGACUGGUGCGGGAAUUAGCACAGCCGCAGGAAUCCCAGACUUCCGUUCUCCGGAUACGGGAGUCUACGCAAAUCUCGCCCGUCUAAAUCUCCCGAGCCCAGAAGCCGUAUUCGAUAUCUCCUACUUCCGCAAAAAUCCAUUCCCCUUUUACGCCCUGUCCAAGGAGAUGUUUCCCGGCCGCUAUCGGCCAACGCUCACCCACUCGUUUAUCAAACUCCUCUACGAUAAAGGCCGUCUACUCAAGCUCUUCACCCAAAACAUCGACUGUCUGGAACGGGAAGCAGGUGUACCGGGGGAAAUGAUUGUGGAAGCACAUGGAAGCUACGCAUCCCACCGAUGCAUCGAUUGCAAAACUUCAUUCCCCGAAGAUUUAAUGCGCAAGGCUAUAGAUGCAGAUGAUGUGCCUCGGUGUCUCGGAUGUCAGGGGCUAGUGAAACCUGAUAUUGUGUUCUUUGGAGAGCCCCUGCCAGAGACUUUCUUCAUGAACCGCACGCUCACUGCUACGGCAGACCUGUGCAUUAUUAUGGGCACUAGUUUGAGUGUACAGCCGUUCGCUAGUUUACCUAGUCUGUGCAGGGAUGGGUGUCCUCGCCUUCUGAUUAAUCUCAAUAGGGUUGGGGGCCUCGGUAGCAGGCCAGAUGAUGUUUUGCUACUGGGUGAGUGUGACGAUGGUGUGCUGAAAUUCGCAGAGGCGUUGGGUUGGCGGGAGGAGCUGGAGGAACUAUGGGCGCAGACAAAUCCUAAAAAGGCAGGUUUGACGAAUAAGGAAAAAGAAAAACUAGCUCGCUCCAAGGAUGAACAAUUACGUGAUGAGGUCGAACGGUUGGCAGGAGAAGUGGAGCACACUCUUCAAAUAUCGCGAUCCCACGAGGCGCGAGUCCGUUCAGAGCUACAUAUAGGGGAGAAGGUGGAAACGGCAAAAAGAGCAGAAGGGCCAGAAGGACCAGGCAAGUGUGAAUCCCCAGCCACUUCCAGGGUUGAUAUCAAUCGCGAAAUGGAGAAGGAGGACAAUCAGCCUUCUCGAUCGGAACAACCCGACCCUGUGGCCCAGCAACAAAGCAAGCCAGAGGCGAAAUCUGCCGAUGAUAGUGCAGUAAACCAGGAUGUAUCAUCUCCACCGCCAACCACGGAACCUAAUAAGGGAACUGGCUAGGAGACAGAAACAACAAAGUAACUCAGGACAUCAGGUUUCGACCCUGCCUGAGAGUGCUCGGGGAGGUACUGGACAGCCCUUGUUUCCUUGCCUCGCAUAGAAUCAUGGGCCUAGACCAGGAAUUAUGAAGAUUUAACGACGAUGAUGACCAACAUGACGAGCGUUUAAAUUUAUGACUACAUAUCCUCAUU